AUGAAUACAACAAUAAUAUCAUUAGCAAUCGAAAACUAUGAUUUAUUUAAUAAAUAUAUGCGCUACACAAAUUUCCUUUUAUCAUGUACAGGUCUUAUAUUCAAUUUAUUACUAGUAAUCAUAUUUUUUUUGAUUGGUCGUCGUCAAUGUGCAACAUAUUUUCUAUUAAUUUUAAUGGCAAUUAGUGAUUGCCUAUAUUGUACAAUUUAUGUGAGUAUUAUUUUAACAGUUGAUCAAUAUAUUAAUAUUAUAAAUCAUCAAAUAAUAUGUCCACUAUCAUUUUUUUUAACACCAUUUACAUUUACUGGAUCAACUUUAUUACUUUUCAUAUGUCUGCUACAUUUAAUAACAAAUUACGUACGCAAAUAUGAUACUAUAUUAGGUCAACUAGGAGGACGUUUAUCAGUUGUAUUUGUACUGGCAUUUAUUAUAAUUCGAAGUGUGCUGGGCUCAACAUCUAUUGAAUUAGUCGUACCGGAUCCGGACAUGCCUCAUAUACAGUUCUGCACGAUUGAUAUGAAUACUCCAUCAAUCGUUGCAACAAUCCAAAAAAUGAAUCAUAUUUUUGCCGAAGUAACUGAUAUAUUUAUUUAUAUUAGUUGGAUUAUUAUUUUAUUACUAUAUUGUAUAAAUGUAAUUCGCCGUAAAAUAUAUCAUACCAGUAAUCAUACAGAUCCUUCGUCAUUAAUGGGCAAACCACUUUCGUAUACAUCAUCAAUGAUAUUUAAUAAUAUUAAUAACAAUAGUGUUCACAAUGUACAAAAUAUUGUAACAAUUCAUACAGAAUCUGUCGAUAUGUUAACUCUAAGUAAUCAAACAGCAACAUCAACUACAGUAAUAAGUAAUAAACAAAGACAUAAUGAUAUAUCAUUGAUCAUUCUCUCAAUUAGUUUGACUUCUGUUAUAUUAUAUUUACCAAUAAUGGUGAGUAAAUACGUAACAAUGUAUCAAGUUCUUCGUAAUAAAACAACACCAGACGAUCGAUAUUCGAUUUUUUUACAAUUAUUUCAACAUACAGCACAUUUACUUUGUUUAUCAAUAAGAUUUAUACCGUAUCUUUUAUUUGAUAAACGUAUCAAUUUUUUUAUCAGUCAAAUGAUUGGAAUGAAAUGCAUGAAAAUUGAACGAGAAAAAACAUUAUCAAGAAGACAGAAAUAUAGAUCAAAAUAUAAAUACAUUUGGCAUUGCCAAUGUCAUCGGCGGCAACAAAUAUUAGAAUGUGUUAAUAAUAACGAUAGAAUAUAA